AUGGCCAUUGAGCUCCUCCGUCACGUGCCCACCACCAACUUCCUCAUUGUGGAAAAGAACAGCGGUCUUGGAGGAACAUGGUAUGAGAACCGGUAUCCUGGAUGCGCAUGCGAUAUCCGCAGCGCGCUGUAUAGUCUUUCGUUUGAACAGCGUGGGAAUUGGACACGGGACUACCCUACCCAGGAGGAAAUCCUGAAGUACCUUGAUGAGGUUUCGAGUAAAUGGAAUCUGCAACGUCAUAUUCGGUUCGAUUCGACCGUGCAUAAAGCACAGUGGGACAACCAUCAGUUGCAAUUGAGGGUUCACGUUUCCACUGGUGAUCUGGAGAGUUCAAUGCAGCCGCAAUACCAGCUCACCACCGACUUCCUUAUUUCCGCAGCUGGACAAUUGAACAUCCCUCGCUACCCUGACAUUCCAGGUCUCGGCAGCUUUGUCGGCAAGCAAAUGCACUCCGCCCGAUGGGAUAGCACCUACGAUGUUGCAGGCAAACGGAUCGCUGUGAUCGGGAAUGGUGCCUCUGCAAUUCAGGUAGUUCCGGAGCUGUCCAAGACCGCGUCACGGCUGACAGUCUACCAAAGGUCACCCAAAUGGAUUAUCCCUCGCCAGGACCGAUCCAUUGGGCGCCUUGAAGAACUUCUGCUGACUUGGGUUCCACCGGUACGCUGGUUCAAGCGCGGGGUGUUGAUGCGCAUUCGGGAGUCCCUCCAUGCGUAUAUCACCAACCCGGACUACUCUCCAUCCCAGAUCGAGUGGAUUGUGCGGUGGAUGAAAUCUCAACUGCCUGAUAAACCAGAUUUGUGGGACACACUGACCCCGCGAUAUCCGUUCGGGUGCAACCGCAUUCUCCUCUCCGAUGAUUAUUACCCGGUGCUCAACCACAAGCACGUUGAUCUGGAAACGAGGCCCAUUCGGCGGAUCACAGCCACAGGGAUUCAAGUGGAGAAGGAAGAAGCCCAACCGUUCGAUCUGAUUGUACUGGCAACAGGGUUUCACACGGUCGACUUCUUGUUUUCAAUGGACAUUUACGGGCUGGAUGACCGUCCAUUGCGGGACUUGUGGAAGGCGGGCGCUCGGGCGUAUCGAGAGGUGGUAGCGGAAGAUCUCCCCAACUUUGGUUUACUCUAUGGGCCGAACACAAAUCUCGGCCAUAACUCAGUCAUCCAUAUGAUUGAGGCUCAGUCACGCUAUCUCGGAAAACUGAUUACCGCGGCGGUUGAAGCCCGGUUGCACGGGCAAACGUUGGCGUUGCGCAUCCGGCCCGAUGUGCUUCGGGCAUAUAACGAGCAACUCCAAAACCUUUUGAGUGAGACCUCCUGGGCGGAUGCGCGAUGUAGCAGCUGGUACAAGACCGAGGACGGACGGAAUGUGCACAACUGGCCGAAGAAUGUGGGGCAGUAUCAAGCGGAGCUGGCGCAGAUUCAAUGGGACGAUUUCAUCGUGGAGGGAAGCGCAGCAACGAGUGUUCGCAAACUAGCGGACAGAGCUAGCGACCGAGUACGAUGGUGUUGGAUGAGCUUGGUCGCAAUCGGUGUGACGUUGGCGACAAUUAUCAUGGGUGUCAGAAGCAGAGUGACUCUGGCGGCCAGAGUCCGGCAAUACGAAAGCCAAGGCGAAGGUGCCACCGCCAGCUGGGGUCCGCCAAUGCGCCGCCGUCUGGAAGCCCCUCCCGGUGAUCUCCGGCCUGAAUUUCGCUCCAGGACCAAAGAUAGUCUCAAUAUAACGGUGGAUAGGAAUCUCUGA